AUGCUGCGCAUGAAGCGUCGGGAUUUCCUGAAAAGCACCACGCUGGUCGGCGCCGGGGUACUGGCCGCGGACAAGUCAUGGGCACUCAAUCGGCUGGAACCGAUCGAGGACACGCUCGACACCGAGUACCCGUAUCGCGACUGGGAAGAUCUUUAUCGUCGUGAAUUUACCUGGGACAAGAUCGGCAAGGCGGCGCAUUGCAUCAACUGUGUCGGCAACUGCGCGUUCGAUGUCUACGUAAAGGACGGGAUCGUUCUGCGCGAAGAGCAGCUUGCCAAGUACCCGCAAAUCAAUCCGAACGUCCCUGACGCCAAUCCACGUGGCUGCCAGAAAGGCUCGAUCCAUUCUUCCGCCAUGUAUGACGCCGACCGGCUGCGCUACCCGUUGAAGCGGGUCGGAAAGCGCGGCGAGGGCAAAUGGCAGCGCAUGGAAUGGGACGAGAUCACCGAGGAAAUUGCAGACAAGGUGAUCGACAUCUUUGUCAAGCAUGGGCCGGGCAAGCUCAUGACACACACGGGGUCAGGCAAUCUGUCCAUGGUCAGGUUUGCGGCCCCGUAUCGUUUUGCCUCCCUGGUAGGCGGGGUUCAACUCGAUAUCUUUACCGACGUGGGCGAUCUGAACACGGGCGCCCACCUGGCGUACGGCAAUCCGCUGGAAAGCUUCACCUCGGAUGCCUGGUUCGAUGCAGACUACAUCAUGAUGUCGCUGUUCAAUCCGAAUGCCACGCGUAUUCCUGACGCGCACUAUAUCUGGGAAGCCAAGUACAACGGCGCCCGGGUCGUUUCCGUCGCACCCGAUUACAAUCCGUCCUCGAUCCAUGCCGAUCUUUGGAUGCCGAUCAAGCAGGGGGCCGAUCCAUUUCUGUCGAUGUCAUUCGUCAACGUGAUCAUCGAGGAAAAGCUCUACAAGCCGGACUUCAUGAAGGAGCAGACUGAUCUGCCCGUACUGGUCCGUGCCGACACCGGAAAGAUGCUGCGCGAGGUCGACAUCAAGGCGGAUGGCUCCGACCAGGUCUUCUACCAUUGGGAUCUCAAUUCCGGUGCGGCCGUUGCCGUGAAGGGUUCCAUGGGAUCCGAGGACAAGACACUCGCCCUGGAAGGUAUCGAUCCGGCGCUUGAAGGAACCUUCACGGUCGAGGGCAUCGAGGUCACUACGGUCUUUGAGAAGGUCAAGGCAGAGGCAUCCAAAUAUUCGCCGGAAGCAACAGCAUCGGAGACCGGCCUUGCCGCGGAAAUGGUACGGGCCGAAGCCCGCCUCUUUGCCGGUGCCCGCAAGGCAAUCCUGAUGACCGGAUUCAAUAUCGGCCGCUAUUCCAACGGUAUCUAUACAGGCUGGGCCCAGACGCUGAUGCUUGCCCUGACCGGGCAUGGCGGCAAGACAGGUGGCCUCGAUACCUCCUGGAUCGACUGGAAACACAUUCCCUGGCUCAGUCUCGCCCUGUUCGGUUUCGAGAAAUUCCCGCGGCUGGAACCGGGCGGGCUCGGCGAAUUUCAGCGCGGCAAGAUGCUCGAACAGGCCCGCAAGCAUUUCGACAAUGACAAACUGAAGGAUCGGGUCGGCUUCAAUCUCGACGAGAUGGAGGAGGCGAUCAACGAGAGCAUUCAGGAAGGCUGGAUGCCUUACAACGGCGAUGUGAAAGGCCUGAUCUCGAUCGCCGACAACAAGUUCCGCCGCAACAAGUUUGCCGACAAGUAUCGCGAGCACAUCCUGCACGAAGUCGAGGAGUUGUUCGUUGAUAUCAAUGUGCGCAUGGACAGCACCGCCCAGUGGGCCGAUUACCUGCUGCCUGCGGCGAGCCACUACGAGGCCUGGGACCUGAGAUCGGUUGGCUUCCAUCGGUUCGUGAACGUCUUUUCACGUCCGGUCGACCCGAUCGGUGAAGCCAAACCCGACUGGGACAUCAUGGUGCUUCUGAGCAAGAAGAUCCAGGAACGCGCCAUCGCGCGGGGCGUGGAAGGGUUUGAAGACGGCAAUGUCAGCCGGGAUCUUCACACGAUUUACGACGACUUCACCAUGAACGGCACCUUGAUGACCGACUACGACGCCACGAAGUGGUUGGUCGACAACAGCCCGGAAUUGGGUGGUGUCACACUUGAAGAAGCCGCGGAACGCGGGUUCAUCGUCAUGAAUGCCGAGGGCGGCAACAACCAGCCGAUCCCACCGGACGAACCCUACAAUCCGUUUGUCGCGCAAACAGAGGACAAGAAACCUUAUGAAACGCUGACGGGACGCAUCACGUUCUACUGCGAUCACCCCACUUUCGAAAAGAUGGGCGCGACCGUUCCGACUGCCCGGCACCAUGCGGGACGCGAAGCAUCGAAUUAUCCGCUGUCAUUCUAUUCGCCGCACACCCGCUGGGGCAUUCAUUCGAACUGGCGCUCCAACAAGUUCAUGCUGAGGCUGCAGCGCGGUGAACCAAACAUCUAUAUCAGCCCGAAACUUGCGGCGCGCAAGGGUAUCACCGACGGUUCGAUGGUCCGGAUUUUCAACGGGGUCGGCGAGUUCUUUGCCCAGGCAAAAUUCUACCCGAGCCUGCCUGAAACGGCGAUCAUGAUGGAGCAUGGCUGGGAGCCCUAUCAAUACGAACAGAUGAAGCCGAUGAACGACGCGAUGGCAACCCUGAUCCAGCCUCUGGAACUCGCAGGCGGUUGGGGGCACCUGGGCUUCAAACUCUUCAAAUGGAAUGCAAAUCAGCUUGCUCAUGAAAGCAGUGUGGACGUGGAGCCGGCGUAAGCGGCACCGAGGGGAGGAGGUUUAAGUCAUGGCCGUGAAACGUCAACUCAGCAUGGUGAUGGAUCUGAACAAGUGCAUCGGGUGCCAUACCUGUACGUCCGCAU